CUUAUCUUUCUUAUCGAGGCCUCGGUCCUCAGAUGCUGUCAGCUUAAUUGCAUAAUAAUCUCUGAAGUUGAAGAAUGCAUUUGAUGAAAUUUCGUAUCAACUCUCGAUUCCCAGUCUCAAUCGUAACUUUCUCUCAUGCGCCUAAUUCAAAGUAGAACGAGUCUACACUCUGUCAUUACCUCCCGAAACUAUGCGACCAGCUCACUGAAGAACCGGCUGGGUGCAGCCCUGAGCCUAGAUCAUUUCCUCCUGCGUUCACGCGCCCUAUCGCUCUACCGUAGGAUAAUUCGCAGUACAAGGCAAAUUAGUGACCCGACAACCCGCGCCGAAACACGCAACUUUGCGCGCGGGGAAUUCGAGCGGCACCGCAACGUCACGGAUGUGAAUCAUAUACGCUAUCUCUUAUCAACCGGCAAGACGGAAUGGGAGGGCAUGGAGAGGUAUAUUGGGGGCAUAUAGAGUCAUAAUACAUAGGCUUUGUUUAUGGUAGCUCAUGAUAUACGCGUGUAGAAAGCCAUGAUUGGGAUUGGCCAACCCGAGUUCCGAUUCGACCCUUACCCCAUGAUAGGACACUCCUGAUCUACCGAGUGUAUGUAUCGUACAUAUUGUGCGCCGUCGAGAAAGGACGCUAGACUCAGAGAACCCCUGAAAUGUUGCUCUCUCGCCAUUUUUUU